UGGUAGACUUAUUUUCCUCAAUGAAGUGGGUGACAGCAAUGGUGGUUGGGCUGGUGCUGGUAGCACUAGCCAUGGCUGAAGGUGAGAUUUGGGAGGAGGAUGACCACGAGGUACUGAUCCGUAGCGAGAGGGGAGCUAAGAACAGAGACCCUUGUCGCUAUGUGAAAGGAUCAUGGUCAGACUGUGAUCCCAAGACAAAUACAAGGUCUCGGAUUCUCACUCUGAAGAAAGGGGAUCAGAACGCCUGUGAGCAGACUAAAACUAUCCAGAAGAAGUGCAAGAAAGCAUGCCGAUAUGAGAAGGGGGUGUGGAGUGAGUGCUCAUCACAAAACCAAAUGACACGGAGUGACAACUUAAAGGCUAACAGCGACCCCUCAUGUGAACAGAGUCGACAGAUCACUAAGAAGUGUAAAAAUAAGGGAGCUAAGAACAACAAAGGUGGACGACGCAACCGAGAGUAAUCCAGACGAGUAAGGGUCCAGAACCAUGUUAACAUUAUUCAAGCUUAUUGCAAGAGUAAACAUUUCAUCAUACUUCCAAGUACAGAUUUUACAAUUCUCAUCAGCAUGCAAGCAGCCAAUCAGUGCAGUGACGCUACAGACAUGAAGCCAGGAGAGAAUAUUUCCGACAGUAAGAAUAUGGAAAAUUCAUGAAAUGUUAGGAACCUGAUUUGUUCACCACACUUUUAAUAUAAAACCAUUUCCUAUAGUCACUAGGACUUUUGGAAAAUGUUUGUAUGUUCAUCACCUUUAUAUUCUACUCCAGCUGUUGAAAAUACAUAUGUGGGACAGGACCCAGAAAAUGGACUAACUUAAUUACCAGUAUCAUGAGUUUAGCAAGUGUUGUGAAACAGUCAGCAGAGAUCCAGCCCAUUUGAGUUCCACCUUGCACCAAGUCACAUACCAUUUGUGUGUAGAUUGGUCUAGAGAAGGAAUUUUGAAUGUUUACAGAAUGUGUGCAUUUAUCUUACUGUAUUAGGAAUACUACAUUGAAGCAGUCUGCUGUGGUUUUUUAACUUGUAAUAUACAUACCAGUCAUCCACAACAAUGAUGAUUGUUAACCCUUCAACCAUGACCUAACCCUACCAACCACUGCAUCCACAAGAAGACUUUUUUCAUGCUGCUGUUUCUCGAGUACAUGGUUUAAAGAACUUACGAUGUCAUGCAUGCUGUGGGAUGUAUGGUUUGGUGGGUGACCUAAAAUAUCACACAUACUUAAGAUGUUGAUAAACCAAACACUAUUCAUUAUUUGUUGAUAAUAUACAGGCUACCCAUUUUUAAUCAUACCCAAAGUUUAUUAAAAUAAUACACAACUUUAUUACACUAAUUAGAAGAUGUAUAUUAUUAUAAUAAAAGUCAUGUUGUACAUAUAAAGUAGAAGACAAUUUAUAAAUAAGUCUGUCACUGAGUGAAACAAUUAAAUGUAUCAUAAAAUAUUAAUUUCUUUUAUUUAAAAAUGUUAUGAGCAUAUACAAUUUAAGGAUAGUCAUAAUGUAAGGUUGGUUUUAGUAUCUUCAGUGAUAUAGGUUUUAUCCCAUGAUGCAUAGGAAUUUUGAAAAUGUUGGACUAUCCACAUGAAUAUGGAGGCCAGACAGACAGGUCAUACUUUUCACACUAGGAAUAAAGAACACAUCCACACUAUACAAAAUAAUGAAAGUAACUCACACGAGGCACAGCAUAUUCUGGACAGGUAGCUUAGUCAGUAUAGUGACAGACUACAGACUUGAUGACCAGGGUUCGAUCAUUAGCAGGGGCAGAAGAUAUUUCCUCUAACCUCUGUGUCCAGACUGACUCUGGGGCCCACCCAGCCUCCUAUCCAAUGGGUACCAGGGUCCUUUCUUAGGGAUAAAGCACAGCUGGGGUGUGACACUGACCAUAUGUCACCCUAUAUCUGGCUGGAUGAUCGUUCACCUCUGCUUAUGCAUGUGAACGUGAGGCCAGCAGCCAGCUAGUCGGCUUUGGCUCUCAGAGGGCUGUUACGCCACGGGAAAAAUAACAAAAAACUGACAUCACAUAAGGAGGAAAAAAGCAAGAUAAACACAAAUACCUCAAAAGAUUUUUAAAAUACCACACUUAUUUAGCUAGUAACCAAAGUUACAUAUAAAUGACAUGCACAGUGAAAAUCAUAAACCCAUCUUUGAGACACUAAACCAACUAUAAACAAGACAGCAAUACAUAGUCCACUUUAUGACCUAUAUACACUACUUAACCUGUAGUGCACAUAAAUAGUCUUUAUGGCUAUAAACACCAGGUACUUUCACAGUCUGUACAACCAAGAAUAAUAUUACUAUAUAGGAUAAUUCAAAGCUCUAGCACAAUACUUAUUGAUGUUGUUGAGAUUAUUUGGAGAAGAAAAUAUAAAUAUCUUUGUUCAGAUUUGCCACCAUUUCCAUGUCAUACCAUUUUUAUGUUGAUGUCACUCAUUUUCUUUGUGGAUUCGACAGCGGUUUCACACAAAGAAUUUGUGGAAGUGCAGUCGAUAUUGCUGUGAGGCACAUGUUCAGGUGGUGGGAGGGCAUUGCAAACAUCUGUUGUCGUUGUGAUUUUAUCCUGUGUAUUACAUUAAAUGCACUGGCAAAUCCCAACUGCACACACAGAGAAGUACUUAAAAAGAAGUACUAUGAAGUGACAACUGAAAAAUGAAAGAAAGGGUAGAAUUUCUAUCUCUGAAGAUACAUAAUCAUGAUGAGUUCAACCUACAACACUGAAGAUAUAACAACCACACACAAGAAUUAUUCUAAACAUUGUGUGUGCAUGUGUGAGUAUAUCUAAAUUCUAACAGGAUCUUUAGAUGUAUUAAGAUUAAUAUUCAUAUGAUAAAUUUUAUUGCAUUUUACUCUAUAAGAACCUUAUUUACAAAUUAUGUUCUAUAUAGUACCUAUGAUAAAACUUUAUCAGAAUAAUAUUCAUUUGAUAAUAAGUAUAAUAAAUCUUCAUCUUGAACACUGUAUAAAACAAAAUCCUGAUUUUAACAAAUGUUGAAACAUGUAGCCUGCAUGUAAAGCACACAUUUGUUUGGUUUGUUAAUAAUAACUGUUGUAUGUUGUGAGUGACUGGUGUUUGCAUACUACAACUUAUUGUUUUAAUAAUUUGCAAAUGUGUAAAGUGUUUUUAAAAAUACGACUUACAAAGAAUCCUAUUAGAUAAAAAUUCAGUAGCUCUUCUUAAUCCCAAGUUUUAAUUUGCCAUAUUUUUAAGUGCUAUCAAGUAAAUGUUUGCUGUGUAUCUGUGGAACUUUUAACAAUUUUAAGGAGUAAAAAAAUCCAUCAAAAGGUCAUCACUAUUUUGUAGUUAAAUUGUGUCUCCCCUCCCCCUCCCCCAAGAUUCAUGUUGUAAUAUGUAAUAUGCCUGGUAGAAUAUCCUGGCUAGAAAUCCAUACGUAGCAUAGUAUUCUGUGCUGCAGCGCUAUCCUGUAAAAUGGAUUACACUAACACAGGAGCAGAAAUAUGAAUCUGGGGAUUUAACAUUUCACUGUGGAUACAGAGCAAGAAUAAAAUCUUUAAAAUGAUAUUGCACUGUGAGGACAUCACAUUGAAAUGUCUCAGUUUCUGUACUUCUCAUGCACUGCGGCACAUGUAACACUCUACAGUGUAUUAUCAUAAUCAUAUAGGGGGUCAAAUAUGGAGUACAAAGUGUUUUGAAGGAUUGUAAUUGUAACAAAAAAUACAGUAAAAUAAAGAUGCCCUUUUAAAGCUGG